UUUAUUUCGAUCAGCUAAUUAAUAUCUAAGUCUGAAACUUCCGUAUCCUUCUAUAGUUUGUCAAAUCAUCCCAAACAAAAUUAAAGCUUAAAAUGUUUCCUCACUACUUGCCAAUGUUUGUGCUUCUUUCUCUUAGCUUGGUCGCUUUUGCUUCUACUUCCAACAUCAGUGCAUCCAGCACCACCCCCGAAGUCGCAGCUCAGAACGAAACGGAUCUGUUGGAUUCGGCUCAGGAACACCUCGAGAGCCUCUGGGAUGAGCUGGAAGAGCCGAGACAGGAGAUCAAAGACUUGUGGGGUGAGCUGGACAUCCACAUCCAGUUCCCAUCCAAGGCCGAUCUCAUCCUCUUCUACGCCUGUGUCGGAGUGCUCUCUAUCGCGAUGUGUGCUUGCUGUGUCUUCGUCACAUGCCGCAAAUCUGAUAAAUAAGCUGCGCAAUUUAGUUGCGAUGCGAAAUUGAUUUAUGAUAGAGUACAUUUUUCGAUACUAUAUUUUAUCGAUUUGAAAUAAAAACAUAAAUAUGGGGUUUUA